AUGGCGCAGCACUCCUGGCCCGAGCUCCGGCUCGACGACCCGAGCUCCUUCACCAAGGAAUAUUCAGAAGCGCUCGAUGCUCAGGACCCUCUCCGCAAGCUGCGCGAGGAAUUCGUCAUUCCCACCCGCGCCGGCCUGAAGCGCAAACGCCUGGGCACCGAUGCCGGAAGUGUCGAAGUGAGCGAGACCAUAAACGCCAUCCUUCCCGAGAACGACCUGACCUACCCGUCCACCUACCUCUGCGGCAACUCGCUCGGCCUGCAGCCGCGCCGCACCCAAGAAUACAUCCGCAAAUACCUUGAUACCUGGGCCAACAAGGGUGUCUACGGCCACUUCCAACCCCUGGACGAUGCCGUCUCCAAGCCAUGGGUUGAUAUCGACGAAGACGCCAAGGUCGAGUCGGCCAGGAUUGUGGGCGCCCAGCCGGACGAGGUGGCUGUCAUGCAGACACUGACGGCCAACCUUCACUUGCUGAUGGCCAGCUUCUACCGUCCGACCAAGGACCGCUACAAGAUCAUCAUCGAAGGGAAAGCCUUCCCUAGCGAUCACUAUGCCGUGCAAUCCCAACUCCACCUCCAUAACCUGCAUCCCUCCACCGCGCUCGUCGAGCUUAACCCCCCAGACCCCAACACUUCCUACCUGCCCACCUCCUACAUCCUCUCCGUCAUCGAAGCCCACGCCUCCUCCACCGCCCUGCUCCUCCUCCCUGGCAUCCAGUAUUACAGCGGCCAAUUCCUCGACAUCCCCACCAUCACCGCCUACGCCCAAGCCCGCGGCAUCAUCGUAGGUUGGGACCUCGCGCACGCCGUCGGCAACGUCCCCCUCCAACUCCACGACUGGAACGUCGACUUCGCCGCGUGGUGCAACUACAAGUACAUGAACGGGGGUCCCGGCGUCAUCGGCGGGCUCUUCGUGCACGCGCGCCACACACCCGUCAACCCCUCGUCCUCCACCGACAGCCCGCCGCAACCGAGCACCGCCGCAGACGUCUCCGCCGACACGCUCGGCUACCGCCCGCGCCUGAGCGGCUGGUGGGGCCACGACAAAUCCACCCGCUUCCAGAUGCGCUCCGCCUUCGUCCCCAUGCCCGGCGCCGCGGGCUUCCAGCUCUCCAACCCCUCCGCCCUCGACACCACCGCCCUGCUCGCCUCCCUCUCCGUCUUCGCCACCACCUCCGUCGCCGACCUCCGCGCAAAGUCCCUCCGCCUGACCGCCUACCUCGAGCAUUUAUUGUUCUCGUCGACGCCCGAAGACGACGGUGGCAGGCUCUACAGCCUCAUCACGCCCCGCGACCCGAACGAGCGCGGCGCCCAGCUGAGCUUGCUGCUGAAGCCCGGUCUGCUCGAGGACGUCAUGGAUGAGCUGGAGAGUGAGGGCGUCGUUGUGGAUGAGCGGAGGCCCGACGUCGUGCGUGUUGCGCCGGCGCCGCUGUAUAACGGCUUUGCGGAUGUGUGGCGCUUCGUUGAUGUUUUUGGGAAGGCGUGCCGGAAGGCGGCGGCGGUGGCGGCGGCGGCGGCUGCGAAAGCAUGA